GAUGUGUAUGGAUCAGAAGACGUACGGCUACGAGGAGGACCGUCACACCGUGGACUUUUCCGCUCAGCUCGAUGAGUUCUACACCCAGAAGUAUAUACUGAAGAGUGUCAUGGAUCCCUCAAAGGCUACCGGGAGGCGGAUGAACGCAACUGCAACCAAGACCUACUGCGACUGGAAGCAGAAGAUGGCACAGAAGAAGUGCAAGAAGGUCAUGUGGGGAACGUACAAAGAUAUGAGUGAGAUCUGGAGCAGGAAGGCAGAGUGUUGCCAGCAGGCCACAGUAGAGGCCCAGCAGGAGUGUCUGAACGGAGUCUUCCAGACGAGAGUGGACGAUGUCUGCGUCUGGUUGGAGGAGCCCGUGACUGACUCCAUGAGUACUUUGGAGAAGAUUGCCAGAAGCAAGCCGUCUAGAGUGUGCUGCGAGCUGGAAGGCCAGAGCUCUAGCCGCUAUGACUGUUUUGCUCAGGCGGCUGGUGCAGAGUACAACCCGUACACAGACUCUCGUGACUACAGCGACAUUCUCCAGCCCUACCAUGAGGAGUACAGCAACCUACUGAAGGAACACAAUGUCCAGGUCCAUGUGAAGAAACCUGCACACGUUAUCCCUGCUCGUCUUAUCAAAACUGCAGAGAAGAAGAAGAAGAUGUGGACACCAUGGUGGAAACAUCUCAUUGACGUGCGCUCUCCCAAAAUCAUCCCCCCACGUGGGGAGGAUGCUGAGAUAGUGCAGGCCGUCUGCCAGAUGCUGGAGAACCCAUCUCAAAUGCGACUCCCCCGAUUCGUCGCUAGCUUCGUGGACGUCAUAGAGAGCCGUGUAGCAAACUACCAGCAGUGCUGCAGUACCGAUGCCGACAGCCUGGUGGAGUGCUUCAACAACCUGCGUCAGAGCUCCGUUGACGAACACUGCCAAAUGGAACAAAACGCCCCUCACCGUGAAGUCGACAUUGCUCACCCAUGCUGCGAAAUCACCAAUGGCAGACUGCAUUGCUUUGACCAGCAGCUGUAUAAGUACACCUCAGAGAUCCAUGAUGUCGACUUCUCCGAUGAACUGCACAAUUUUCACAGUGGCAUUUACAAGAUGAAGUCCCUGUCAAACAAAUGGCUGACCCGUUUUGCUGAGCAGAAGAGUGAAGCGGACAUCUGUGCCUUCAAGUCCAAAGUUGAGCAGAUGACUGACGGUUGGGUGAAGAAACUGCCACAGUGGGGCCUGUGGCAGCAAAAGGAUGACCGAUGGGCUGAGGCGCUCGAGUGCUGCGCCCUCUCCACCUCCGAGGAGCGCCAGGAGUGCCUGGACGGGAUGAGGGAAGAGAGGAACAACCUGUUCUGCCAGGCUCAGAAGGAGAUGGGCGGGGUUCUGGAGGGAUCCAAGAUCGAACAGAUCAUCCUCAACCAGCCCCAGCACCCAUGCUGUGUGGAAGAGGGAGAGCAGCGUUCGGACUGUUUUGACCAGGAGGUGAACGAUUACAACCCGUACAAGCACGCCGAGGACUUCACUCAGCGUAUGCAGCAGUAUGAACAGGACUUCCAGGAGUAUCUGGAUGAUAGCAACAUCAAGCUGCCCCCAUGGAUGAGAGGGGAAGACACAGACUCUUCUGAAGAGAGCGAUGAGCAUGAAGGACGUCGUUUCCGUGGUGGACGCAGAGGUCACGGACGUCACGGAGGUCACGGGCGUGGGAGGCCCCACCAUGGUUAGACAGGUGGAUGGACAAUAACUUUACAGAUUCCCAGAGUGAAGAGAAGACAGCCUAGUACCGUCAGAUAUGCCUUACAUUUAGUGUUUUGCAAAUCGACAACAUCGCUUUAGCAAAUUUUACUUCAGAAGUUAUACAUUCAGUGAUAACAAAUGAAUUGCACCUGCAUAUGUUUGUAAAAGAUUGACAUUUCUUCGUAUGUUUGUGCCAUUGUCGCGUUUUAGUUCCCUUUUCUGUAUCUGUGAUGUGUUUUUUUACCUUAGGUAACAAUUAUAGAUUGUUCUUGAUUAUAUAAUAAAUUUGUUUGCAUUAA